AUAUCGUUUGAAAAUAUGAUUAGGAAAAUUUCUCGAUCUUCGAUAUCUCGAUGAUCGAUGGAAAGACUGCUUAGCGCGCCAUCUACGAAACGGAUUCUUUUUGGAAGAAAAGAGAGCAGCGCAAGCUAUUUCCCCCGCUACGAGUAACACGACGAGAUUCUCCGAUGGUGUGAACGCAGGCUCGCUUGACAAAUAUCUCUGGAUAAUGCAUAUCUAUAAAGUAGAGUAGACAAAUUUUAAACUAAAGAUUCACGGGACCCGAAUUAAAAAAACAUCGUAAUGCGUGCCUCAAGUUCGUUUAAUUACACAAAAGCCCUUUGCCGUUGGGUUUAAAGUAACAGCACUUUGAUCGAGUCUUGGGUCGUUCGUUUAGUUUGGCAAGACGAUCUUCUCUGUCCUGUUGAUAUGGCCGUCGUCGAGGAAUUUGAUUAUUUAUGCCGUCUAUGCGCGACCAAAACGGGUAUUCUAAUGGGAUUACCGAUCUUCGAAGCCGGCGAUCAGAUGCGCAACAUUGACAAGAAAAUAGCCGCGUGCUUGCCAGUGCAGGUAUCCAUGAAUGAUCAACUACCAAAAGUAGUGUGUGAAGAUUGUGCUUACAAAUUGGACCAAUUGUUUGAUUUUCGUGAAAAAUGUUUACAUACUGAGGGGAUGUUCAUGGAAAUGUUAAAAGAAAUUGCUAAGGAUGAAGUGGUUCGAAUAUCAAAGCAUAAUUUAGAAGAAGUAGAAGAAAUGAGCAGAAUUCAAAGGAAUAUAGAUAGAAUACAAAAUAAUAUUGAUGAUGUACAAAAUCAUGUAACUCCUCAAGAGACAAGAGAAGCUAGUAUACAUACGAUGCAAGUCAUGGAUGAAAUGGAUUUGGCAGGCGGCGAACAGGUUGUUACACAAGAAGAAAUGGGACAACAAGAUACUGGCAUUGAGGUUACUGGUAUCGACUGUUUAAGUGGUGAUACCGUCAGAAUGGUCGAUGAACACAUACGAGAAGUUUCCAAUCAUCAAAUAGCAGUUCAUCUAGAGGGUGAUAUGACUGUGGUUGGAAAUUUAACAGUAAGCGACCAUUUGGGUCAGUUAGGAAUAAAUUAUGUGACUUCUAUAACUCCUGAAGAUCAAAAUCAAGAACAAAUAGUACAUUAUUGCGACAAUAUAAAGUAUGAAUCGGUACCAAUAAAAGAGGAAUAUCAUAGAUUGCAGGAGAGGUUAACAGCAGAAGGGCCAACAAAUGUACUUGAAAAUAAUGUACCACAUGAGAAUAGUGAUAUAGAAGAAACACAUGUUGGUGAGAAUGAAACUUCGACACAUGCAACUCCUUCCCAAACAAAUACUUUAGCAUCCACAAGUCAAGUUACUACAGGAAGCACAGAAAUAUUAGUUGAAUACACAAAAAGAGCGAAACAUACAUUGUUGGAAUCGACGUUAAAUAAUCCUACCAUUGAUGAGACUGGAUCACAUUGGUAUGUAUGUCCGUUUUGUAAUGAAGCAACAUUAGGAUCGAAUAAUAUGAUAGCACACUUUGAACAGUACUUUUGUUGCUGUUCUUGUGGUCUAUAUUAUACGAGCGUAGACGCGUUAAAUGUACAUAAAGAAAGGUGCGAUGUACAUAAAAGUAAAACGAUCUGUAAGGAAAAAGAACUUACUGAACCAGAAUUAGCGCAUUCGCAAAAUGACGCGAACGCGGACGAACAAAAGAAACAGACAACAGUGAGACAAAAAUGGACUCCAAAAGUUUGUACUCAUUGUGGAAAACAAUAUAGGACAAAUUAUAAACUGCAAGAACAUAUGCGGAAACAUACUGGCGAAAAACCUUUUCAGUGUGUGACCUGCGAGAAAGCAUUUCGCAGUAAAAUCGGACUUGCGCAGCACACCGCCACGCAUACAGGGCAAUUUGAUUACAAUUGUUCUACGUGCGGUAAAGGUUUCCAGUCUAAAAGCUAUCUUGUUCUUCACCAAAGAGUACAUUCGGACUUAAAACCAUUUCCGUGCAACACUUGUGGGCAACACUUCAAAACGAAACAAUCUUUAUUGGAUCACCAAAACAGACAUCUUGGUGUCAAACCAUAUGCCUGUGAAGUUUGUGGCAGAGGUUUCAUAACCAAAGGGCUCUGUAAAAGUCAUCAAAAAAUACAUUCAGGCAUGGAUAAUCGACAAUAUCCAUGCGUGGUAUGCAAUAAAAUGUUUGUUAGUAAAAGUUAUCUUAACACGCACUUACGUAUUCACACUGGCGAGAAACCGUAUUUGUGUGAAGUUUGUGGUAAAGGGUUUUUAACGCGCGUCGAUCUCAAAAUUCAUUCAACAAUGCAUACCGGAGAGAAAAGUUUUAAAUGCGAUAUGUGUGGAAAAGUGUUCGCCAGAAGGGCUGCGUUGAGAUGUCACAGAAGAUUACAUACAGGUGAACGACCGUACAGAUGCGAUAUCUGCGGUAAAACGUUCACACAGUUUACACCAAUGGCUAUCCAUAAGAGACUGCACACUGGAGAGCGACCGUAUGAAUGCGACUCGUGCGGCAAAACAUUCGUAUCAAGAUCAACUAUGAUGUGUCACAAAAAAAAACACCAUGCUACGCCAACUUUAAAAAAAGAAGAACCGCCAGCUCCUCGCCCGAAAGAGAUAAAAAAUGUUUUACCAGCCGAGAUUGUGCUUCGAGAUUCCCAGGAGGGAAUUCAAAUUACCGCAGAUUGAAAAAAAAACAUUGAAGUAAUACAGACAAUGCAUGAUAGAAGAUAAAAUAUUGAGUCUGCAUUUUAUAAGAAGCGGCAUUAGUCACCAUGAUGUAUUCCUUUACUGUAGCAUAUAUGUUAAAGCUGUAUACAAAGAAUAUAUUUUCGAGAAUUCUUUGCAAGGGGUAAAGAUAUGUUUUCUAAAGCCACCUGUAUAUUUAGAGAAAAAAAAAAAAUUAAUUUAAGCAAUCGUUUACAUUAUUUUAUUUUAUAUUGGUAUGAAUAUUCUACCAAAGUAUGUUGGUACUUUUAAACUAUCUACUUUUUCUAUGUACAAUCUGUAUCGUUCUAGAAGAAUACUUUGAAGAUGAACAGUUGCUGUUAAUUGAGCCACAAAAUAUAUAAUGUCAACUUAAGAAUAAGUUAUCAAAGUAAUAAUCAUGUUAUAAGCUUAUCAGUCUGCAUGUUACGUUACAGGAAAUGGUUCUUUAUUUAUAAUACUCGCAAAGGGAAAGUCACUAGUAAGUGGUUUCGAUUUCGAUACAAAAUGGCGAAUUUAUUCCACGUAAACCACAGACACGAUAUUAGCCGGAUAACUUUCGAGAAAAAUUCAUGAAAUAUUCGUCUAAUAUUGUAUCUACGGUUUUUGUAGUUACGAACGUACCAUCGAUUUUACUGAAAUUGACCCCUCGUACUAUGGCCUUUUCUU